UACUUAAAAAACUGGCAUUACUUUGUAAAUAAUUAAACCAAAAGAAAGCUGAUUUAAAUGAGCUGAAAAACACCCAUAAAACACUAUAUAUUUCCUUAACUUAAAUAAACAUUAUAACGACUGAUUGAAGACUGUUCAAAUACCACUUAUCGAGUGCCACCUGUACACACAUAGUUGAGAUAAACAAUAAAUUGGCCAAAGGCCAAAAGCAGCCAAAAGAUCACAGCCGCCGGAGAAGGGUAAAGAGCCAGAACCAGCAACAGAAACGUACAACCAACAGGUGGAAGGAGUACCAGAAAAUCAAAAUUCAAAAAUAUAUAUAUAUAAAUAUAUAUUAGAGAAAAAAACAUCCUUGGCCCAUGUUCCGCCAUGUCCCAGCUAGCUGAAGGCGAAGACGAGGAGACUCAGGCUCUCAAGGAGGACGAUGAGGAGGAAGAUCCUCUGGCCAAUUUGCUGAGUCUGAAGCUAAAGAAGCCACCUCACUGGAACUGGGAGCUGAGCACCUCCCGGAGCUGUAGCAACAUAGCCCUGCCCCGGAUCCUGCUCUACGAUCAUACGGGUAACCUUUUGGUGGAUGCCCAAGGUCUGCGAGAGGAAACCUACAGAUCGGGGGAUUCACCGCGACGUCGCAAACGUUCGGCCACCUCGAAUUUGGAGAGGAAUUUCCAUGGACUGCAUAUAGCCGAAGCCACGCCCACGCACCCCACGAUAACGCCCACGCCCAGUUCGAGUCGGGAAAGCGAGAGACGGCGGAAAACUCAUGGCAGUUGCAUUGACUUUAGCACUCACGAGUUGCCCAAUUGGGAGCCAUCUUCCAGUUCACGGAGGUCCAGUUCACUGCGUGGUGUUCGCUUCCAGGAGGAGGUAGUGGAGGAUCUACCCACACCCACUCCUACACCCACACCCACCUAUCCCACACCGCCUUCGACCUCUACGCUAAACUCAUCCAGUUCGGGUCCCCGGGAAAAGAGACGCUACCGUCGCUCUCAUAGCUCGAUCCUGGAAAGAUUUAGCCUCUCCAAGGGUCGCCACUCCUCGCCAGAGUUUGCCCAGGAGGAGGAGGUGACCAAGGCGCCGCGUUAUUACCUACGGACCAGCAAGGCCGGGACACUGGUCAUCCGUGAGGAGAGCUUUAGCUCACAGCGAUUGAGGAAUCGACGCCGCCGGCCACCCAAGCACUCUUCCAGUGAGAAUAUCCUGCAGGAGCAUCAGGUACAGGAACAGGAUCAGCCACAAAUGGGUAGCAGAGUCGUGCAGGCCACGACACCACGUAGGAGAGUGCCAGAGAGGACAGUGUCCACCUCGGAGGAGGAGGAGCAAAGGGAUCUGGAACGGGAGCCGCGAAGAUCACGUGGCAGGCCAAGGAAUCAGGGACAAAACAGUUGUGGCAAGGAUGCAGCUCAGGAGCUCAUCACCGUGGAUCCUGAUAAUUGUGUUUAUCGAGCAGCGCCGGGCGCCACAGCUCGUUAAAAGAGAGAAAAAGAGACCUCCCCCAGAAGACCAGAAGAAAGCCACAGAAGAAUUGAUCCUGAAGAAUACCAAAAAUUCAGGAAAAAAACGAAACCAGUACGAGAACAGACAGAAAAUACAGUUCCUCCUUGUGAUGUAAGACGAUAGAACAUGUGAAAAAUAAAAACAAAAUCUUGAAAACCAGACAAGUGCCUCUUAAUCUGAUACAAAUUUGCAAUUAAUUAAGAUAAAAAUUAUGCAUUUUGGCGUUAAAUCAAAUGGUUUUCUCAU